GUCACGUGACGUCUAGGAAGUCAAACAGGUUUAGAUGAUGUCAUGAACAUUGCGACAAUUGUCUGUUCUUUUCGUUUAAAAAAAAGAUAAUUAUUAUUUAUUAUUUUAUUUAUUUAGAUUACAUACUUUAUACACUGAGUGUAGUGCAUGUCAUUUGGCCAUCAAAAACAACUCUGUUGGUGUUUAGUGUAAGAUUUGAUUAAUAUCUAUGCGCUUUUGUUUUGUUUUUUUGCUUUUGGCGCUCAUAUUUCACUGUGAAAAUGCUUUAAACCAGCGAAUCGUCGGUAUAUAUUAAGACGCGUUAAUGAAAAUACUGCGGCUUAGGUUUUAAAUCUCAAUAUUAUAUGUCAGAUCCGUAGUUUUGUGUCGCUGAGUUUGUCAAUGGAAAGUGGAAAACAGACCGAGUGGAGCUCGGCUUUAGAUAAAGACUUCAUUCAAGAUCCCGUUUCUGCUGUGAUUCCUCCGGGUCCUUCUCCGUGGAGCCUCUCGUCCGGGCCUUGGUCCUCUGAGAGCCAAGGCCCGUCAGGAUUACAUCAAUAUGCUGAAGCGCAACAUUACAGCAGUUUUAUCCCCAGCAAUGAACCACAAAGCCAAACCUUACAGAGGGGGGACUGGACUGAGGAAAGAUCCACAAAUACAAACGAGAACUGGGAAUCAAACAUGUCAUCACAAAUCAGCUCCUUUAAGGAUGCCAUGCAUCAUAUUGUUUCAAAGACUGACAAAACAUUCAAAUUAGAGGUGAAGUAUAUCAAUGCAGUGAAAGGGCGUGGUCUAUUUGCAAAGCAUUCCAUUUGCAAAGGUGAAUUUGUUGUUGAAUAUAGGGGAGAUAUAAUAAAUGAUGAAGAGUUGCAGAACAGAAGAAAACGGUACCACGCAUCCAGUGCUGCAUUUAUGUUUGAGUUUAAGAGAAGAGGGAAAACAUGGUGUAUUGAUGCCUCUAGAGAAGAUGGAUCGUUUGGGCGAAUAGUUAAUGACGACCAAAAACAUCCAAACUGUGAGAUGAGGAAAAUUUAUGUGAAUGGAAAGAUACACCUUUGUUUGUUUGCCCUGAAUGACAUUAAAGAAGGAGAAGAAAUUACAUAUGAUUAUGGAGGAGUAGACUACCCAUGGAGAACACAAACGACCAGCAUUGCUGCUAAUACCAAGGCAGAACGUGACUCUGAUCCUUCCCUCAGGUCACAAACUCCGAUGAAUGAUGCUCCUGGUCAAAUUAACUCUCCUCAAAUUGUGACACAGCUCCAAAAUGAAAAUGAGAUUUUUGAACCAAGACUGAGACGGACUAAAAGUAUAAUAAUGAAAGACAAAGAUCUUGAAGAUUCCGAUGAACUCUUUGAUUCUACACCAGAGAGUUCAGACUACUACUUUACAGAUACCACUUCUGAAAGUGACUUUGACUGUGAUGCUAAUCCUACACCAAACCAGACAAAACUUCAGCUUCUUUAUGAUCAACUGGAUGUUGAUGAUUCAGGCUCACUGAGCUCCCUUGACUGUGACACAGCAACAACAGAAAAAACCCAUCAGCAACAGAAAAAAGCAUCUGGAACAGAAAAACCAGGUUCAAGUCAAAAAGCAAUAGAAGGUGUAGUUGUUAGUGCGUUCCAAAAAAGAGGUGUUAGUAGAGUGUACAACAAGAGACAUUACUGCCUGUAUUGCUGUAAGCCUUAUGCCAAGGUGGCAAGGCAUCUAGAAGGUUCACAUGCAAAUGAAUCUGAUGUGGCUAAAGCGCUAAGCUUUCCAAAGAGUUCCAAGGAGAGAAGAAAACAGCUAGAUUAUAUUCGCAAAAGAGGAAACUAUGUUCACAAUGCUGCUGUAAUGGAAUCAGGAAAGGGGGAACUAGUGCCAUGUAAACGACCCUCCAAAGAAGCACAGGGAAAAGAUUUCAUGCAUUGUGCAUACUGUCAAGGACUUUUUGCAAGAAAGGUCCUGUGGCGACAUAUGCGCACUUGUAUGCUUCAACCUCAAUCGGUCCCUCUCAAACCAGGAAAAAAACGUGUACAGUCGAUGUGUAUAUACACAGGGCCUGUGCCUUCAAACAUGACUAAACAACUAUGGGAAGUAAUUAGUGUCAUGAAUCUUGACCCAGUCACAGAUUUAAUAAAAAAAGACAAACUAAUUAUUGAUGUUGGUCAGCAUUUGUUAAACACAGGUGGGCUAUCAGCCAAGAAUAAACAGUGUGUGCGAGAGAAGAUGCGAGAAUUGGGAAGGUUAGUUCACAAUGCUAGAAGAGUCACCUCCUUAAAAACAAUGGAAGAUUGUGUAAAUCCAAAGAAGUACAUGGAGACUGUCAAAGCUGUCAAGUAUACAUGUGGGUAUGAAUCUGACAAAUUCAUGAUUCCAUCACUUGCAAAGAAGCUUGGGAAUUCUCUUCUUCAAGUAAGCAAAUUCUUAAAAGCCCAGGGCUUAAUGUCUAAUAACAAACAACGAGUUAAGAAUGCCAGUGAGUUUCAAGACAUCCAUCAGGAAAAGUGGAACGAAAUGAUCUUAGACACAGCAAUGAGGAAUAUUAGGGAAGCAAAGUGCAAUGUGCCCGCUCUCAUACCUUUUUCUGAAGAUUUCCAAAAAAUGCACACAUAUCUCAGUCAAGUGCAAGAUAAGUGGUACAAAUCACUCUCUGAAAGUUCCUCCACUAAAGCCUGGGUGGAGCUGGCAAAGGUUUGUCUAGCCCAGAUAAUUCUCUUUAACCGGCGCAGGGGAGGAGAGGUGGCGAGCAUGCCGUUGUCUGCGUUUUUUUCAAGAGACACUUUUGAUCCACAUGAGGGUGUGGACUGGGCACUGUCCGAAGUAGAAAAACAGCUCUGCAGACACAUCUCAAGGAUUAUCACCAUGGGAAAGUGUGGU